AUGCUUCCAAAAUUCGGUGUCGAAGAGACCGCGCGUCCGGCAUCUCCUAUUGCACACGAUCACGAUGGACGCGAGACAGCUUCAGACGAGCCCUCCCUGAGGAGCUUCCAUCGCGCUACCUACACUGGUGCCCUACUUUUCAAUCUCGUCUCCUUCAUACUUCCAGCUCUUUACGCCACCCUGUCCAAAUUAUGGGUCGCCAACAUCGACUUUUCGCUCGUAGUCACCACAGACGCAUACACGUACAUCGGCGUCGUUGCCGAGGUUCUCAACGAAGGGCUGCCGCGGGCAGCAUGGGUUAUAAUCGGCGAUAAAGCGUCUCGAACCCUCGCACAGCGGUUGCAGCUCACGCACACACUCAUCAUCUUCCAGUCCGUCCUCGGCUUCAUCAUCAGCGUCGUCUUCGUGGCCGGCGCAAGCACUUUUUCGAAGGGCUUUGUACCUGUCGAAGUCCGCGAAGUUAGCAUCACCUAUGUGCGAAUCGGAGCUUUCAGCGCCUUCCGCAGCGCGAUCGAGACUGCAGUUUCCUCAGCCACAAGAGCGCUUGACCGGCCUGAUGUGCCACUCAUAAUAAGCUCAGUCAAAUUUGCGGUCAACAUCGUCUUGGAUCUUUUAAUUAUCUCCAAGGUCCAUGUCGGAUCCCAUAAGAAUACAGUGAACAUGCAAGCUGGUAUUCAGUUAGCGUGUAACCUCGCGUCAGCUCUGAUCGGCCUGGCCUAUUUUCUCUGGAGAAACGCCAUGCCUUUGCGCAGAAAUAGGACACACGAGCUACCUGUAUUGGAGACCGCUUGA